AUGGAUAUUUUAUGGGACGAUUCUGUAUACCCAUUUAUUGAAAUAUCAGAAGUUGUCAAAUCACCAUAUCGCGUUUCGGAUAAUUUUAUUGAAGCUGUCAAGAAUGUGAUCGAGAAAAAGUUUCCAUCAAAUUUACGUAAACAUGAUGGCACCAAAAUUCUGAUUAUCGAAAAAGAUACGGCUGUUAUGGGUGAUUUAUUUUUUGCUCAUGUUGAUCAAGUAUCUCGACAACUGUUUGAUCUGUCAUCUAUUCAAGAGAAGUUCAAUUCUUCGCCGUUAACAUUUCAUCUAUCUACAAAAAAUCGUAGCAUACAAGAAAAUGUUGACAACUAUAAUUUUGUAUAUGCCGAUGCGUCCAUUAUUAUCUCAUCCAAAUUCAUCUUUUUCUCAGCGUCAACAUUUAUCUAUUAUCGAGAAUUUCAUAAUAAAAAAGAACGACUAAUGAUGAUAAUUGAAUAUUUGAUUACUAAUGAUUUGAUAUAUCAAUCUUUCGAUAAAGUACGAUUUAUUAAAGGAGCUCACAAAAGUUAUGCCAUGCUUCCACCUAGUCACAUAAAAAAUAAUAAUGUAUCAACUAAAGCAUUGGCUAAAUUAAACUUAAAUAUUACUGAUUAUGAACAAAUAUGGCAGCAAUAUCUAUUGCCUACACCGAAACUAUCGGCAAAAAUUGAAAAAUCAGCAAUCAAUCAUAUUAAUUUACAUUUAAGUGAUUACAUUUCAAUUAUUCACCGUUUAGGUGAUGCCAACGAUCCUGUUGCUGAAUAUAUUCUAAAACCUGGUUUGCAAUGUGGUCAAAUUGGUAUUGACUUUAAAUCAAAUACAUUUUCAUUAGCACCUGAACAUAUUAUUCAUUUCAAUAGUGAUGAUGACAUUAUGAAGCAAUUAAACAGAUUGUGUAUUCGAGCAACCGAUCAAAAGUUUGCUUUAUUGAAUAAUACUGAAUCUUCAGCGAUAUAUAAUCAUUAUAUGGCUCGAAAGGUGCCUGAAGCAGUCGAAAUGUCUAUACCUCUCACUGAUGAUUGUAACCAAUUACAAAGAAAACAACUAUCUUCUGUUAUCUUUAUUGAUAUUUCUCCGAAUGAAUAUGAUCAAACGAACACAUUACAAAAGCAAUUUAUAUCAACUGAAGAAAGUAAGCAUCAUUAUAUUCCUAACUAUACUUCCAUUAAUCGGUUUGGUCGUAUUUCUAUUACAGCUAAUGCUACUUUUAUAAUAUCAAAUAUUGAUAACAACAAUAUUGAUGAUUGUGUAUUCGUUAUGGAAAAAAUUAAAGCGAGUAAGACAUUUGAAUAUCAUUCAAAACAAGAAGUCUAA